GUCCACAACACCAAAACAGUCCAGACCGGCAAACAUUCAAGUCACCACGCCUUUCUCUUCGUCCCUGCCUUUGCUCUUGAUCCUUCUGAAACGGUCGCUCUCUGCACGCAGCCAGUGCCUACAUCAAUCGCAUACACGGCACACGACACAGCUGACCUAUAUACCUCACGACACAAGCACCACCGUCAUGUCAGGCUUCAUAACCACAAUUAACCCGCGCACUCGUGCACCGUUCAAGCCACAGAAGUCGAAUCGAGGCACAAGCAGCUGGCAGCUGAAGCAGUAUGCGGAGGCGACACUCGGCAGCGGCAGUCUGAGGAAAGCUGUCAAGCUGCCUGAGGGCGAAGAUAAGGACGAAUGGCUAGCUGUCAACAUCGUCGACUUCUACAACCAGAUCAACCUGCUCUAUGGAUCCAUCACCGAAUUCUGCUCGCCACAGAGCUGUCCUGAGAUGAAGGCGACUGACGAAUUCGAGUACCUCUGGCAAGACAGCGAGAACUACAAGCGGCCCACCAAGAUGCCUGCGCCACAGUACAUCGAGCAUCUGAUGGCGUGGGUGCAGUCCAACGUCGACAACGAGCAAAUGUUCCCCAGCCGUAUUGGCGUGCCGUUCCCGAAGACAUUCCCCUCUCUGAUUCGCAACAUGUUCAAGCGCCUGUACCGUGUCUACGCGCACAUCUAUUGCCACCACUACCCCGUCAUCAUCGAGCUCGGUCUUGAGCCCCACCUCAACACCAGCUUCAAGCACUACGUGCUGUUCAUCGACGAGCACGGCCUGGCAAACGGCAGCAAGGACUUCUGGGGACCGCUGGGUGAUCUUGUGGAGAGUAUGUUGAGGAGUGACUAAAUCGCUGCAGUGGAUGUUGAUGACAAUUUCGGUUUUUGGAUGCGAUCAGCAACCACAGCAUGGGACAGGCUUACGGCGUUGCGGAAAUUGGUACAUGCACGUACAUGGGGAUAUCCAGAACUUUCUUACGAUGUACGAGUAUUACGGACGCGAAUUGACCCGCAUAGCAUUUACUUCGCUUACGAUACGCC